AUCACUGUCAAACAAAGCCAUCACGUCAGCCAUAGGCAAUAUUGGUGCAAACAUUUUUGCAAAUAAAACAACGCCGAAUCAGAAAUUAAAUAGAAUUUAGUAAAUUCAAGGGCACUAUUUUCAUUCUGUAAAUUGUUUUGAUUUAACACUUUUAAUAAAAGGUAAUUACAGGGAAAUAGAUGGCAAAUGGACCAACACGAGGUGUCUUUCGAAUAGUAUUACAAAAUUUUAUUAACUCGUUGAAACCUCGACAGAUUCGGGGAAAUCAUAUCGGUAAGGAUUAUAUAGGGAAUGUUUACUUUGAAAUCCCUGCUGACCCAAACAGGGGUAAGAGGAAGCCUUCCCGUUGGUACGACCCACCAAAAGGUCUGGACUUCCAAGAUCCUAUACCUGCUGAAUGGCAAGCCUGGUUACGGAUGACAAGGAAAGAACCACCAACUGAAGAAGAAAUUGCAAAGAAUCUGGCUGUGGCUAAAUUAAAGAAGAUCAAUGCAGCGAAAAUAGAAGAAAAAAGAUUGGCAGAAGGAGGGUCACUACCUGUACCACCAGAGAGAGGCCCAGAGACCUACCCUACCUACCCUGAGUACCACACUGGACACCCUGAUAAUCAUCCAAAAAACAAGCCGAAUGUGAACUAGAUAUAGUAUAUGUUUUAGAUAAUUUGUACAUAAAUAGUUUUGUGUUAGUUUAGAUGUAAACAAUUUAAUUUAUUUAAAUUUUAUUUCUUUCCUUAAGUUUCGAUUGUUACAUAGGUACAUAGUACAUAUACCUAGCUAAAUGAAAAAUAAAUAUUGUAUCUUUGUCAAGGUA